AUUUCGCAACAUCAUUCAUUUUUCAAUAAGUAGUUGGCACAGAAUAGGUUGCAUUUCCCCAUAGACUUACAGCCAUCCUGUAGUGAAAUAGAACAUUCAGAUACUUGUACUUAAUCUUUUAUUUCUCCAGCUUGAAAUGAAAAGAGCACCAGUCAAUGAAACUGAAGGUCCUGCAGCUCCUGUAGCUCAGCCAAAGAAAGUGAAAACUCUUUAGCCCUGGGAAGUCUUCUCUGCACAUGCCUCCUGGUCCUUCUGCACUCCCCAUCAUUGGCAACUUGCAUUUGCUGGACAUUACAAGGCAAGAUGUAUCAUUUAUAAAGCUUUCCAAAACGUAUGGUCCAGUCUACACACUCCACUUUGGUUCGCGGAAAGUCGUCGUGCUGGUUGGCCAUGAGGCCGUGAAGGAGGCCCUUCUGAGCAAAGACAACGAGUUCAUAAAUAGGCCCUACAUCCCCAUCUUCUACCACAUCCAACAUGGAAAUGGCAUAUUCUUUUCUGAUGGGGAUUUGUGGAAAACCAUCCGCCGCUUCACCUUGGCCUGCAUGCGGGAGCUCGGGAUGGGGAAGAACCUAAUGGAGAGGAAGAUUCAGGAAGAGCUCCACUUCCUGAUUGAGAUGAUCAGCUCUCAUAAAGGUGAACAGUUUCCAUUAAAGGCUUUCAUUGGUGCUCCAACAAACAUCACCUUCAUUGUCCUGUUUGGAGACAGGUUUGACUAUGCUGACCCGACCUUUGUCACUUUCCUGGGACUCAUUGACGAAGUGAUGACCCUUUUGGGAAAGCCGUUUUUGCACGUUUUCAACGCCUUCCCAUACCUUGGAUUCCUACUGAAACCACACAAGAUGAUAUUGAAGAAAAUUGGGGAAACCAAUGCCAUUCUGCACAAAUACAUCCAGGUCGCCAAGCAAAGUGUCAGUGAGAACUCCAUGGGGAGCUACAUUGAUGGACUUCUGUUCAGACAGAAGGAAGAGGAAAAAAGCGAAUCCAAGAAAAUGUUCUAUGAUGCCAACAUAACAGCAUCAAUCCUUGACCUCGUCAUGGCUGGGACAGAGACCACAGCCACCACAAUGCAAUGGGCCAUUCUGAUGAUGAUGAAAUACUCUGAGAUUCAACGGAAGGUGCAGGAGGAAGUCAAGAGGGUCCUUGGCUCAGAGCGCGUCCCUACCUACGAAGACAGGAAGCGCAUGCCCUUCACCUUGGCCGUGAUCCAUGAGGUUCAGAGGUUCUCUUCCGUUGUUCUACAGUUCCCGCGCUGCACCGCUGUGGACACGCACUUCCGAGGCUACGUCAUUCCCAAGGGCACGAUGGUGAUCCCUUCUCUCACGUCAGUGCUUUAUGACGAAACACAGUGGGAAACCCCGCACAAGUUUAACCCCAACCACUUUCUGGAUGCUGCAGGGAACUUUGUGGCGAAAGAAGCCUUUGUUCCUUUCUCAAUAGGCCGAAGGAAUUGUGCUGGGGAGAGCUUGGCCCGGAUGGAGAUCUUCAUUUUCUUUGUGGGGCUGCUCCAGAAGUUCACCUUCCGACCUCCUCCCGGGAUGACCGAGGCAGACUUGGACCUCACUUUUGAGCCGGCCUUCACCCGGCGGCCGAAGCCCUACACCACCUGUGCCAUCCCCCAGGAAUAGACCGGAGGGUCCAAGUGCAAGCAUCUCAUCUCCCCACCAACAUAUCUGCACGGAGCCAGAUGUAAACGCCCGUUAUAAUAAGGGCAGAUUCUGAUAGAGCGUCUUGCCUGUCUUUUAUUAUUGCUAGCUAAAAUCCAGUCUUGAUGAGCAUUUCCUUGCUCAUCCCCUCUGAUCUGAUGGAAACAUAAUUCCAGUUGUAAUGGAGGAGUUGUUCAUAAUUAGGGCAUCGUUACAGAUUAGAUAAAGGCCCAUCCUUUCUCAACUCUGACUACUUGCCCAAAACAUCUCCAAUAAGGCAAUUAUCUCUUCCUGGAAAUCUGUACUCCAGGUCUAUUUUUUUCUGGCCUACUUCUGAUGGACAUUAAACCAGUGUCAGGGAUUGUAGUGACUUAUAUAUUAUUGAAUUAUUACAAUAUUUUUCUAUCCCUUUCCCCUUGUAUGAUGUCCUGGGAUAUCCAAGGAUCCCAGGACAUCACACCAGUAGGAGCCCCCAAUGGCACAAUGGGUUAAACCCUUGUGCCGGCAGAACUGAAGACACACAGGUUGGAGGUUCGAGUCUGGGGAGAGCGUGGAUGAGCUCCCUCUGUCAGCUCCAGCUCCCCAUGAGGGGACAUGAGAGAAGUCUCCCACAAGAAUGAUAAAACAUCAAAACAUCCAGGUGUCCCCUGGGUGUCCUUGCAGACGGCCAGUUCUCUCACACCAGAAGCGACUUGCAGUUUCUCAAGUCGCUCCUGAUAUUU